GGUUAAAAUAGCCACCCGUCAUGGAAAACGACACAAGUCCCAUUGGUUGGAAGCGCAGGAACAAGGCGGCACCUCGGUCCGCUCUAGCUCGGUGAACUGGCUGCUGCCAGCCACAGCUUUAGGAAACGUGGCUUUAGCGAGGCGGUAGCGGCGUAGAUGAAUGAGAGACACGCAGGGCGCUCCUCGUCACUCGCCCAAGCUCCGUUACAACACGACCGCUGACGGUCCGCGCGAUCAUCGGCGAAAAUGGCUGAAGUUGAACAAGGGUCGGUUUUGCCCAGCGAAGCUCCUAUUUUGGACGCCCUCAACGCCACGGACUCCAACGGGACCGAUGCGGUGAACGCCACGGCGGCAAAAUUCGUGGCCACCCCGGAGGGCACGGCUCUGGCGUACGGCAGCUUGGUGUUCAUGGCCCUCCUGCCCAUCUUCUUCGGAGCUCUGAGGUCCGUCACCUGCUCCAAAUCCAAGGUGCUUGGAGAAAAUGGUUGCGAUUCUGGGUACAGAAACUCAUCAGACAUGCCAGAGACCAUCACCAGUCGAGAUGCAGCCAGGUUUCCCAUCAUUGCUAGCUGUACUCUGUUUGGACUCUACCUCUUCUUCAAGGUGUUUUCUCAGGAGUACAUUAACCUGCUACUUUCAGUCUACUUCUUUGUCUUGGGAAUCUUGGCUCUGUCUCACACCAUGAGUCCUCUUAUGUCCAGGGUAUUUCCAUCUUCUCUCCCUAACAAACAGUACCAACUGCUCUUUACUCAGGGCUCAGGAGACUCCAAGGAAGAGAUAGUCAACUAUGAGUUUGACACCAAAGACCUGGUAUGUCUGCUCAUUAGCAGCGUGGUAGGAGUCUGGUAUUUGCUCAAAAAGCACUGGAUAGCAAAUAACCUGUUUGGCCUGGCGUUUGCCCUAAACGGUGUGGAGCUGCUUCAUCUGAACAAUGUCAGUACCGGCUGUAUCUUGCUGGGGGGCCUGUUUGUCUACGAUGUCUUCUGGGUGUUUGGAACUAACGUCAUGGUAACAGUUGCCAGGUCCUUUGAAGCACCUAUCAAAUUGGUGUUUCCUCAGGACCUGUUGGAGAAGGGUUUGGAGGCCAGCAACUUUGCCAUGCUGGGACUUGGGGAUAUCGUAAUCCCCGGGAUCUUCAUCGCCCUGCUGCUGCGCUUUGAUGUCAGUCUAAAGAAGAACAGUAGGACAUAUUUCUAUUCCAGUUUCCUGGCCUAUAUCUUCGGCCUGGGCCUCACCAUCUUCGUCAUGCACACCUUCAAACAUGCACAGCCAGCCCUGCUGUACCUGGUACCAGCCUGUGUCGGCUUCCCAGUAAUCGUAGCUCUGUUCAAAGGAGAGCUUACAGAGAUGUUCAGGUAUGAGGAAGUUUCUCCAGAGGCGAUGGAGUCAAAAGAGGACUCCCCAGAAUCUGAUAAGAAGGACCAAUAGCAUUCAUCGUUGCCCCUCCCGCCCCAAAACACCUUCAUCCAAUCUGCUGCCGCCACAUUUCACUGUUGCCCAGCCCCACCUGUUUUUUCUUCUUUGUCGCUUGGGGACAGGGGGGUCGUGUUGCCAACGUGUUGUGUAUGGUAACCAUGGGAACGGCCGUUGGUCUCCGUGGUAAUGGCUGUUGUGGUGGUGGUGGUGGUGGUGGUGUAUACUGAAGGUUGUUUGGUUACAACAGCCUUGGUGCCUACCAUGAUUUCCUCUCUUCCGUCUGUCCACUGCAGUCACAUAGGAACAGCAAGUUUGAUCUCGUAACCUGAGGCCUGGUUCAGGGCCACAGAAAAACCUUAAGUCUGACCUUCUCAUGGAUGUCUGGACAGGAAGUGACCUCACAGAAUCACAGUCCUCCCUUUUUACAGAAAAACAUCACACAUCCGGGUCUCAAACGGCUAAGUCAGAUGUAUGUGUGUGUGUGUGGGUGUGGGUGGGUGUGUGUUCUACCAGAUCUAACUUUGCAGCUACAGCCAAAUAACCAGCUUUAAUCUGGUCACCGGUGGUCAUCUGGUUUCCUGUUCCUAUGUAUCUGCAGCCUAAUUCACCAGCCCUUGGGCUUGAGUAGACCUGAAACAGUUCAUUUCAACUACCCGGGGAGAACUUGGUUCAGCCUAAAAGAUACUUAAAACAACCGCAACUAGACAACUGUUCCAAUGUUUGAACAAGUUCUCGUCAGGUUUGUAUGUUGUUGUUUUUUUUAUAAUAAUAAUAAUCAUUACAUUUAUAUAGCGCUUUUUUAGACACCCAAAGCGCUUUACAGUUUUUUUUUUUUUUUCUUCCUGAAUUUGAUUGAAGAAUCACAGGAAAGUUUGGAGGACUUAACAGCUCACAUACUCCGGUUGUGUAGUUGGUCAAUAUCAAAAUUAUAUAUCUUUAGGGAAGCUCAAAACCUCUGCUGUUAACUCUGAACAUGCACAUCAUUCUGUUUAGAUGAUGGGGCUUGGUGGCCUGGAAUGAACUGAUAGGUGUGUGCGUGUGUGUGUGUGUGUCAGGGCUGGGUUUCUGCUCUCUUGUUGUCUUGUUGCUUUUGUGAGUUUUACUUUUCCUCUAAAAGGCCUGAACUUUAAGACAAAGGUAAAUUUAAUCGAAUUUUGUUUUACCUCUUUUUGGAUGGGGGGUAGGGGACUGAGCUGCUUAGGGAAAUGGAAUCGACGAACAGCUUAUUUUUUUCCACAGCCGUAGAUGGUUUGUCGAAGUUGGACGAUAUUACUGUACCUCGUUGAGAAUUAAGUUCUUUGUGUAAAUGUGUGUAAUGGCGUCCUUCUAUGGCGUCGCCAUGGCUGAUGUGCAGACCAGCCGGUGGCGACGUGGAGAAGGAUUGUAGCGCCAACAGUGUCAGCUUUUCCAAACUGCAGAGACUGAACUGUAGGAUUCUCAUGUUGUGGAGUCUGGUUAGCAGCUGGUGAGCAGAAGAUUCCUGCUUUGAAUCUUGCAAGCGUUGCUGCAGGAGUCGAGGUUUCUCACCUUCAGCCUGUUGGCUGUUGGGUAAUUCACUUCUGUCUGAAUACGGAAGUUAAUUAAGUUUGACCGUUGAUACAGUGAAAACGGGCUUAGGUGAAAACAGCCUGUGUCAUAUCCUGUUAAGUAGUAGUUCUCCAUCAUAUGUGAGUGCAGCUUGUAACACCGCGGCUGUCGGUCACAUCUUACGUUUGACACACAGGGGGUGUGAAAGUGUCAUAUUCAGUCGCACCCCCGUCCCCGCAGGGCCAAAUCUGCGUGUGUGUGUGUGUGUGUGUCAGAAUUAAUUGUAAAGCGCUUUGCGUGGCUGUUGAAGCUAGAAAAGCGCUAUGGAAAAUGCAGCUUGCGUGAUUGCUUGAAUAGUAAAGAUGGUGUUUGGGGAAAAUUCCCAGGGUACUCAUUAUUUGUUAAUAUCCUGAUCAAGAGCCUCAAUUUAAAAACAUUUUUUUUUACUCAUAAAAGCAGUUGUGAUGUCAUGAAAGACCGAUGUGUGAAUGUGUGUUACUGUUUGAAUGUGAAGCAGGGCAGUGCUGAAAAGGGAGUACUAGCUCAGCAAAAGCCUUCUUGGGGCAAGUAAAGAGUUAAUUUGAAAGACUCCAUAGAAACCAAAGGGACCAAAUGUUUCCCGCAGCUACUCUCCUGGUCUAUUUUAUCACAUUAAAGCUGUUAAUAAGCCGGAUGUUAAAUAGAGAUGACAUCCGCUUCUGUAAAUUAAAUCUUUUGUUUUUGUUUCUACACUACCGUUCAAAAGUUUGGGAUCACCCAAACAAUUUUGUGUU